AUGGCUCCCGAAAGAAGGGUCAAGUGGGCGCGAGAGUGGGGCGGCCCAGCUCACCUCUCAUCCCACUGUGCCAUCUUCAUCAGCCACAAACUUUUAUCCAUAACCUCCCACAGCACCUCGGUCGAUGGGAGGGUGAUCUCGGUCGAUGUUGCCAUUGACGGAGACGCAGCUCUAGACAACACCAUCCGCAUCGCCAACAUCUAUGCACCAGUAAACUGGGGAGGAACACCCAAACCUCCUGACUUUGUCGCACAGUUCCCUGUUGACGAUAUCAACCAACACCCCCACAAGCUUGUGCUUGGCGCUCUCAACGCGAUCCGUGACCCGAUCCGCGAUCGCUCACCUCCGCUCCUGGACCUCCGAGGCCGAGGAGUCAAGUGGCAUAUCUACGCUCCCGUGUUCGAAAAGAUAGGAGUGCGGGGCAUGGCCCCACCUCCGAACAUAGGUUCCGAUGGCGACAUAAAGGAGACCCACUUCACUCACGAACACACCGUAAGAGAUAGGACCAAGGUGAUGACACGUAUCGACUGCGUUUCAGACCACCAGGUCCUUUCCCAACCCAUCGUCAAGACUGACCACCGCCUCAUCACUAUCACCCUCAACUCAUCUCGCUCACCUCAAGGACGACAGCGAGAAGACAAGCAAGCCAAAGCAGCUCCUGCGAUGGAUGCCAGGUUCCUCAAGGAUGCUGAAUCCAAGAGGGAGAUCCUGGAGAUGUUGGAAAAGAUCUUGGGCAAACGCACGACCCAGCCAGACAGUUCCCAGCCCACGGACUGUGCGGCCCAGGAUGCACUUCUGGACUGUGACCAGCGCCGGAUCUCGGAUGCGGACCGCACGUCGCUGGACGCUAACAUCACCCGGGGAGAGAUUGGAUUUUCGAUCAACUCCAUAGCCAACAGAUCGUCUCCGGGCUCGGAUGGGCUCUCCUAUGAGUUCUACAGGGCCUUCAAGGCGGAAGUCUCCCCCAUCUUGGUGAAGUUCUUCAAUUCUGUGGGCCAGGAACAGCCCCUCCCGGUCUCCUGUGGUGUAAGGGGUGAACUUCAUUGUCACGACUCCUUACCUUAUCGGACAUUACAAUAUGCGAACUCCUUGCAACUAUCCCGGUCAUUCCCAAAGGAAUAUAGUCCUAGCUCGCACCAUUUAGCUAAACAGAUCCCCAUAUUUAUUCCUUUCCAUUUACGUCUAGUCUAUUUUACCUUUGUGUUCAUACAUUCCGAUCUAAAGGAGGACCCUGCACCACGAACCAUCAUAUUCUUCAGCAUCAAAUACCUGUACGCGUACAUGGGCGCAAAGGCUAUCAAAAGCGACUGCCGACGAUGCCUUCACGAACGCCCAGGAGAGGAGCCUGCGUACGAGUCGCGCGAGCAUACAUUCCACGACUGUCCGACAGUGCGAGCUCUCCGGACCCAAACCCUGUCUUGGUUUUCUGAGUUGUGCCCGACGAUGGACCUGAGGAACGAUCCGAACCAGCUUAUACUUGGCUGGCCAGAGGUGGAAAAGGUGCCACCGAUUGUGAUCCACAUCCACUCGUGCGUCACACAUGCGAUCUGGCGGACGUACUGCCAACUGGGAGACAAGGAGAAGCUGUACCACAACCAGCUGCAGAUCAUGGCGGUGCACGCGAUAAAGAGUCGCGCCAAGUUCAAGGACCAAGAGCGACGAGACAAGGUGACGACGCCGGUCGAGCAUCGGGUACUAGAGGCUGUUGGGGACGAGUACUACGAGCGCAUGCGCCAAGAAUGGCACCACCUGCCGCACAUUAUGAUGCAACGGGACGGGGUAGCCUUUGGCGAACUCUGGUCUGAACCAGAAGCACAGGAGAAACCUGCCGCGGCAGGAGCCGAUCAGUAA